AUGUUGUCGGAAGCGGCUGCGUACAACCCGCCGCAAAGUCAAAGAUGGAAUACAAACUCAACAGACCAAAGCAUUGACAACGUCACAAACCCUUGGAAUUGCCAGGGUCCCAUCGCCGAGCAGCUACCUAGUCAGAACCAGCUACGAGUGUUGUGCCCGAACCGUCCUUAUAAACACAACCCCGAACCUGGUGGCCCUGGACAGGUGGCAUGGGGUGCUCUCUACUUCUCUCUCGCUUUCAUACUGACCACCUUCCAAUCCAGCGGUGCGAAGACGCUGUAUUGUGUUGCGGAUAUGGCGCAAAAAUCAGCAAAGAAGUGGGAUAUGCUGUACUUCGCCGAGGACGCAUCGAUCAAGACCGAAGGUGCAUACAACAUUGUCUAG